UACCAAUGUACUGUAUUUUCUUGAUAAAAUGCCCCCAGCGACGGUUAAAUCGUAAAUACAGUGCUAGCAUGGCAGAAAGACUCACCAGAAAACUACAGUAGCACUGUAGAAACUAUUCACCAUGAAAACAGAAUAGCAACACAAACAGCAGUGUCAGUGUAACUAGAUCAUCAAGAGUGUCAAGGCUUUCUGCUUACUGACGCAUUGGACGCGUGUGAAUCGUGAUAAGCAACUGGAAAAAAAAAUCAGUCACCGGUCAUUACUUAACAAAAGAUCUAGAAUUAAGACUGCUGAUAUAAGACUGAAACAGCGGAAGGAAUCGUUUGCAUGGUUGGGUCAAUGCAAAGUAUUGUUGACUGUUUAUGACUGGAGGGAAGCUGCCAUGAUGGAACGAAUUGAGUGAAGACAUUUAAAAGAGGCUGAACAUAACGAAGAGCUCGAUUUGUUGGAGGAGAAAAAAUGAGGCACUUAUUGUUGAACAACACCACGUAUCUACCCCCGGCCAAGGGAGCGGCGUGUGCUGCAAGUGCUACUGACACGAUGUUCGUCAAAGCGUUCAAGACAAUUUUACUCCUGCUUAUCAUGGUGGCAGCGCUUCUUGGGAACUUAUUUAUAAUUAUUAUCGUUUACAAGAAGAAAAACAUGCGACGAACAACCAACAUCUUCAUUGCCAACAUGGCAGCAUCGGAUAUCUUCGUCGCUGUUGUUGUUAUUCCUCGGAUUCUCGUAGAGCUUUACAUACAGCCACGUAUCUGGCUCAUUGAUGGGAUAACUGGAAGCUUUUUAUGCAAGUUUUGCUUCUUCUUCGCAGAUUUUUCCGUUUGUAUUUCAAUCAUAAGCCAUGCUGUCAUCGCUGUGGACCGCUUCUGGGCAAUAGUUUAUUCUCUUCGUCAGUCACCCAUAUCUGCGGCUCGCAGGAAAUACCUUAUAGCUCUGAUAUGGGUGUUUAGUUUCCUACUUUGUUCACCGAAUUUAUACAUCUACAGAGUUUAUCAAAUAAAUGGAACCAAUUAUUGUGUUAUCGACUGGUCGCCAUUGGACAAUACCACGUCGAAGAAAGCAUUUAUUACAGUCAUCCUAAUCUUUGUAUUCUGUAUUCCCGUACUCCUCAUGAUGGUGUUGUACUCAUGGCUUGUUAUAUCUCUCAAGACAAAACAAAGCUUAUCCGCUCAAACAUCACAAGUGCGCAAGCAAAGAAGGAAAGAAGAUAUCCGUGUCUUUCGUAAAGUCAUUGUCAUGGUAACAGUGUUUCUAUUUAGUACUAUACCCCUCGUGGUAUUGGCAAUGCUGUCUUAUUACAUAUGGGAUAGUAGACUUCCGUGUGGGGCGUGGAGCUUUGCGUUUAUUGCACAUUUAUUGUUUCUAUCCAACUGUGGUAUCAACCCUUGCUUGUGCAUCGCCCUUCACGAGAGCUAUCGACACUACAUCCGUAAACGCUUCUGUGCAUGGCGGAAAAAACUACUUAUUACUGCAUCAUCACAAACUGCAAAAACUUAUUCAUUAAGACAAUAUGAAUUAACUGCUAAUGGUGAUGGAUCGCGAAAAGCUUCUAGAUCUAGGAGCGAAAGGAACGGGAAAGGCAUUUUUAUUGAGCUCGAUCCUCGGAAGCUUGUUGUCGUUUUUUAGCAAAUGAAAAUUUUUUACCAACAUUAAUGUCAACUCACCAUGGAUAUAGUAAAUGGCUUUAUCUGUAGACCAAUUGCACUAGGUCCCUUGGAGCUUGGGGCCAAGAUAAUAAAAAAUAUUAAUAUUUAACAAGAAUGUCAUCAAUCAAAAGAAGGAAAGUCUUUUGUUUUGCCCCCCCAGAUCGGGAACUAGAGCGAGGGUUAAAUGGCAGAGAGUGAAUUUCUUUUGAUGCAAGUGUGAGUUGUUACAGCAGAUGAACACUGUAUUGAAAACUUGUCCGUGUGCAAAAUACGGUUUAAUAAUACCACAUCUAUAGCAAUGAUAAAAUGGUAAAUUUUACACCGUGAAAAGAUGAAAAAACUUUCUGACGUUUCGGACGCUAGUCCUUCGUCGGAGUAAAACAUCUAUAGCGCUAACAGUAACUAAUGACUAAUAAUAAUAAUAGAAUAGAAUGAUACUUGUUCCUUAAAGAUAGAUUAUUUGAAGAAUUAUUUUCAGAACGAGACAAAAAAAUACAACAGAAAUGACAAUUUUGGCAUAUAUGAAGUGCUUUUUUGUAUUAUUUUCAAGUUCGUAAACCAAGGUACGAUUUGUACAUUCUUACACUGCGUAUGCUCGAUGAUUGCGAAUUGAUUUUAGAUUUUAUUUCUCAUAAUGCACUCAACAAAAUUACUCGAUUCUGAUUGGACAAGAGGAGUACAAUUAAUUCCCAAAUCGUACUCCAUAGAGUCCCAAUUAGUAAGUCCCAAUAAAGUUGCUCAAUUUUGUUGAGUUUAUUAUUAACAAGAAAUCGCACGAUCUUCUCGUACAAUUAGGAAUUGAUAGAUACUCGUGACGUUUUGAAAGUUCUGCAUUGAACUCGCCUAAAAGGCUAACCAAUUUUUAGAACUUUCAAAACAUCACUCGUACCUAUCAAUUCCGAAUUGUACUCGAGAUCGUGCGAUUUCCUAUACAAAGAGAAUGAUACGUGGUAGUCUAAUAAUUUCUAACGCUGUUGUGAGCACCAAUUUGUACGUGUGCGUACAUAACGUUACCAAUCACAAUGACAUGAAAACAUCAACCAAUAAGAGGUUGUUUUCGCGCCAUUAACAUGACGAACAACGGGUGGGCUAUCACUGACGGCAAUCACUGAGAAAGGCACAAAGUCGCUUUCUAUUUUUAGUGGGAAAGCUUGUUGUCGUUUGAUCGGCUUCAUCUCUACGCGCGUAGACCGAAAAGGAUCAUGGGGAUAAUUGAUUCACAGUUACUAGCUGCCGCAACCAUGUUGUCUAACACGUCUUGAGCUAGCUUUUUUCGAUCCCAUUUAAUUUGCUAAAAUCAUGCCUCCAGCAUACGGUGAAAAUUUAAACUGACGAGCAGUUUGAAUGACGCAAGUUCUGGGUAAUUUACUCGUUAUCCAUUUCGGUCUAGGCGCGUAGGGAUGAUCCGAUCAACGACAACGCUUAGUCAAAGGACUGUAUACACACACACACACAC